UAAGGGCUAGUCACUUUUUUACGUUUUGUAAACGUACUCUUAAUAUCGUACAUAGUUUGUAAAUCCUGUCUUGAUAACAAAUAACUUGCUUGAUAUACUUUUUAAUCUAAAUUGCAGUUGUGCCAGUGUGAAUGAAUAGUCCCAGAGUGUAAUUAUCCCUAUAAAGACUGAACGUUUGGAAACACAGUUUUUCAAAUGGCAUGAAUUGGCUAAGGGGAAUGGCCUUUUAUGUGAAAUUAUUUAUUUAUUCAUUAUUUAUUAACUUUUGGCCUGCUGUCAUCUGAAUUAACAGGAUGAUUAAUAGAUAACAAAUUAACAGGAUUACUGGCAUAUAAUUGUCAGUUAUUUGAUGAGAUAAAAUUAAGCAGCUAACUGAUGUGCUAGAAACAUAAACCAGGAAGAGCAGAGCAUGGUGAUCUGCAAUCAUUGACCAAGUCUUCUUGAUCGAUCUGGACACACCUUCCCAUCCACUUGAAUGAAAAAGUGUGUCCAAACUUUUGACUGGUAACUCACAGAUUCCUGGCUAAUUGGCCCUAGUUGCCCAGCCUACAAUGAACCUUGAACAAGAACGUUCACAAGUUUUCAGCUGUGACAACACAAACGAGAUAUGACUUUCCUCUGAUAACCCCUGUAACAACAAAGCCUGUUCUUCACUCACACUCUCGCUCAGCAGAGACUCAGAGGUGGAGAGCAAAGAUUCUCACUGUGAGAAGGCAGAGAAAGGGAAACAGAUUUUUUUCUCUCUCUCUCUUUCACCAAGAAAGAGACAUAAAAAGGUAGAAAUAUAGAUUUUUAUUUUGGGGGAGGGGGACUCAUAUUAGCCCUGCCUUCUGCACGUGCUCAGCUCUGCACAACUGUGUUCCUAGAUGGAGAGGAUGCAGGGAGAGGGAGAGGUGGACCACCUGGAGCGACCCAGCCCACUGACUGACAAGGAGAAGGUGAUGAUCCAGGACUCCUGGGCAAAAGUCUACCAGAACUGUGAUGAUGUCGGGGUGGCCAUACUAGUCAGGCUGUUUGUGAACUUCCCCUCAUCCAAGCAGUACUUCAGCCAGUUCAAGCACAUUGAGGAGCCAGAGGAGCUGGAGCGGAGCGCCCAGCUUAGGAAGCAUGCACACAGAGUCAUGAAUGCCAUCAACACACUGGUGGAGAGCCUUGACAACUCAGACAAGGUGGCCUCAGUGCUGAAGCUGUUGGGCAAGGCCCAUGCGCUCCGACAUAAGGUGGAGCCUGUGUACUUCAAGAUCCUGAGUGGUGUGAUACUGGAAGUCCUGGGAGAAGAGUUUCCAGAGGUUGUGACACCGGAAGUGGCCGCGGCAUGGACCAAACUCUUGGCUACGAUCUACUGCAGUAUCACUGCCGUCUAUGAGGAAGUGGGCUGGACUAAACUCUCAACCUCAACUGGAUGAAGCUUUUAGUCUGUGUUUAUUGGACCAUGCAUACCCAGAGACUUCCAAGUGUUGAGCCACAGCCUCGUAAGAAAGAGAUCGAUUAACUGGAUUGACUUUUGGAGGGAAGCAAUUUAUCUUUACAGAAAUUAAAAUCUGUGGAAUACAGUUUAAUGUAAUCUGAGAUUACUGAGAUUGGCUAGCUGUGUGUGUGUGUGUGUGUGUGUGUGUGUGUGUGUGUGUGUGUGUGUGUGUGUGUGUGUGUUCAUGGAUUGGAAGAGAAAACAGAAAGUAAAAAACUGAAAGCUCAACUCCAUGUUUUUGUACUACUGUAAAGGACCAAAUCAUUUAAACGAGAGUGCAAAGAGGGAGAAAAUGCAAACAUUAACCCUGAAGUGGACGAGAGGUCACAUUUGACUUGGAUGUGCCUUCUAACGAAUGUGUAUAUCUAGAAACUGCCAUGUAAAUACUAUUCUUUCUGAAUAUCAUGUGAUGUUUCUCCAAUGAUUGCUUUAACCAGUCUGUAUCCACUUGUGUACACCUUAUGAGACAUUUUUACAUUUUUAACAAUUAACUGUAAUGAUUGUACAUUUUGUCAUUAUGACUCACCUUUGUAUCUGUA